AUGGAAAUGAAUGAAGAAGAUGAAAUUUUAAAAAGUUUACCCUCAUAUAAAAUAUAUGAAGAAUAUGGCUCUAAGGUCAGUGGAGAAUCAUACGGAAUUAAUUGUAAUAUAUUCAAUUCAGUAAAAAAAGAAUACAAAAAUAAAUGUAUUAAUCUUUGUAAUAAAGUUGUAAGAAAUUUAGAAAAUUUUCCAGAAAAAGGUAAAUCCGGAAACUAUAAAGACUACUGUACACAUUAUAUAUACUGGAUAUAUAAAGAAAUAAGAGAAAUGUUUAAAAAAGGUGUGAAUGAUAAUGAUAUAGCAGAUGUCAUUUCUAAAUUUAUUGAAUUACAAUCUACUAUUAUUGAAACUUAUCGGAUAUAUAACUGUAGUUAUAAAUUUGUUCAUAAAAAUUUAAACGAAUUAAAUCAAAAAAAGGAAGAGAAAUACUUGUAUGAAUAUUUUACAAAUUACGAUAUUAUUAAAAGUAGAGAUAUUUGUACUUCUGUUGACAUUAAUAAUUAUAAAAAGUAUCUUAGUUCUAUUCGUGAUUUAUAUAAUAAAAAAAAGCGUGAAUGUUGUGAGAAAAAAAUAUCAACAUGUCCAGAAUAUUUUUUGCACUGUGGUGAUGAGGUUAAUCCAAAUAAUCUCCUUUCUGUAUUAGAUUCCACAAAUAACGAAGGAUGUAGUGGACUAAAAAGCAUUGCACCUAAAAUAUUUGAGAAAAAUUCUGAUUCUACACCAUUUAAUCAAGAAUUUAUGAAAUCAAUUUAUUUUACUGGAUGUCCUGUUCUGAAAAGUGACGGAUCUUCAUCAAAUAAUGGUAGUAUGUCAUGCAAUUUAUUCCGAGCAAAUGUCAAUCCACGUAGCAUUGUAACUGAAAAUGGAAAAACGGCACAACAAGAUAUUCCUGGAGGUUCGUCUUUGCAAGUACAGGUGACAACAUCGAAAACAUAUUUAGCAGACAUUCCAUCUGAAAAAAAUAAAAAACAAGAAGUUGCUAUUAGUCAAGGAGAAAAAAAUAAAAGGAAAUCUGAAAAAAUCAUAAAUAAUGAAUUUAGAUGGAAUUUUGGAAAAGGAACAUUACGUUGUCCACCUAAUAAACCAGAAGAAGAUGAAUACGGAAUGUGUGAUUAUAUGGAAGAAAUUGGUUGA